AGUCCUCCAGCAAGGACUCCUUCAACAACAUGUUGUCCAGCUGAUCCUUCAUUUGCUGCAGGAAGAACAAAAGGAGAAUGAACUUGAGACUCCUGAGGACGCAACACUGAACAAGACAAAGUCCAUACCCCAUUGAGCUUCCAGUGUAGUGGUGAAGACCAUCAAUCAGUCAACAGCGUUUCCUCUAAACUAGGCUUUCAGCUGGGUGCUGAGGAUAGAAAUGUAUAAGGAAACUAAAUGUCAGAGAGUUCAAUAAUUUUCCCAAGAUCACGAAGCCAAUAAGUGAUGGAGUCAUGACUUAAAUUCAGGUCUUUUGAUGACACAACCCAGACUAAUUGGGAAAGAGCUUCAUGGGCAUGAAGUUACAGUGUGUUUCCCUUUGGCUCCUGGGUACAAUAUUGAUAUUGUGCUCAGUAGACAACCAUGGUCUCAAGAGAUGUCUGAUUUCCAUAGACAUGCACCAUAUAGAAGAGAGUUUCCAAGAAAUCAAAAGAGCCAUCCAAGCUAAGGACACCUUCCCAAAUGUCACUAUCCUGUCCACAUUGGAGACGCUGCAGAUCAUUAAGCCCUUAGAUGUGUGCUGCGUGACCAAGAACCUCCUGGCGUUCUACGUGGACAGAGUGUUCAAGGAUCAUCAGGAGCCAAACCCCAAAAUCUUGAGAAAAAUCAGCAGCAUUGCCAACUCUUUCCUCUACAUGCAGAAAACUCUGCGGCAAUGUCAGGAACAGAGGCAGUGUCACUGCAGGCAGGAAGCCACCAAUGUCACCAGAGUCAUCCACGACAACUAUGAUCAGCUGGAAGUCCGCGCCGCUGCCAUUAAAUCCCUGGGAGAGCUCGACGUCUUUCUAGCCUGGAUUGAUAAGAAUCAUGAAGUAACGUCCUCAGCUUGAUGACAAGGAACCUGUAUAGUGAUCCAGGGAUGAACACCUCCUGUGCGGUUUACUGUGGGAGACAGCCCACCUUGAAGGGGAAGGAGAUGGGGAAGGCCCCUUGCAGCUAAAAGUCCCACUGGCUGGCCUCGGGCUGUCUGAUUCCACGUGAAAAUAGCCAAAAAGUCUACUGUGGUAUUUGUAAUAAACUCUGUCUGCUGGAGGGCCUGCAGGCCAUCCUGGGAAUAAAGGGCUGCCUCCCCUCUAAUUUAUUGUGAAGACAUAUAGUCCAUGUCUGUGAUGUGAGCCGAGUGAUAUCCUGUAGUACACAUUGUACUGACUGGUUUUUCUGAAUAAAUUCUGUAUUUUACCUAU